GUCUUGCCUGAUGGAGCACCUGUAUACAGAGAAGAUGGUGGAGGACUGUGAACGCAGACUACUGGAGCUACAGUACUUCAUCUCUAGAGACUGGAAACUGGACCCCAUCCUGUAUAAGAAGUGCCAGGGUGACGCUGCCCGGCUGUGCCACACCCACGGGUGGAAUGAGACCAAUGAGCUGAUGCCACCUGGUGCCGUGUUCUCGUGUCUCUAUCGCCAUGCCUACCGCACCGAGGAGCAGGGACGACGG